AUGGCUAAUGGGUGGUUCUCCCUCGAGUUCACCUACAUGCAAGAUGUUGAUUUUGUCCUUGAGAACAGGCCAUGGUUUGUCAAGGGCAGAAUAUUCCAUAUCCGGAAGUGGUCACCUUCCUUCAACCCUCGUGAAGAUGCAAUUGAGACUUUGGUGUUGUGGAUCAGGCUGCCAAAUCUUCCACUACACUUCUGGAGCAGGGAGGCAAUCCAACCGAUUGUUCAGGUGAUUGGCCGCUUUAUUAAACUGGAUGAGAGAACAGAGGAAAGUGAGAACAAAAUCCCACUCAAAAGGGUUUUGGUUGUCCGAGAGGCUGAUGAAGGGGACUUGCCCUUUGACUUGGUAAGCCCUCCUACUAAGGUUUAUGCUUCUUAUGAAGCUAUAUUUGAAGUUUGUUUUGAAUGCGUAAGCCAUAAACAUGUUAUUCACAAGUGUCCCUAUAAGAAGAAAGAAAAGCACUUUGUCAUGGUUGAUAAAGAAGAAGGGUGUAGAUACCUCUACUAA